AUUUUCCCGCGUUUUGGGUAGUUGAGGAAAUAGUGGAGAGUUGCGGACACAAACAAGCGAUCUCGAGCUACGACAUCCAACCACUUACCACAAAAACAAUAACAUCACCACGAACCCGCCGCUCGUGAUCGCUCGCUGUGCUGUGAGUGAACGCGCUCUGCUCUUCAUCACGAGACCUUCGACAUGCCGCCGAAGAAGCGCAGCAGCAGCGGGACCCCGCAAAAGAAAGAGUUCAAAGGGAACGCGAAGAACGGAUCUCCGGACAGCAGCGAGAACGCAGUGCUGAGCCCCGAACGGCACAAGGACAAGGAGCCUGAGUUUGUGUCUCUCAGUGAGGAGCUUCAGGCCACCAAUCCCAUCUGUGAUCAUGCGUGGAGAAUUUGGGAGAGGGAGAUCAGGUCGAUGGACAAGGCAAAUAUGCCGUAUUCAAACAGACAGCAGUGGGGAGCUUGUCUGUUCAUUGCAGGCAUGGAGCUUGAUGGCAUCAGCCUCACUUUCACACAGUUCUUGAAAGUAGUUGGACUAAAUGUGAAGCAGUUCAUCAGUCUUGUGAGGAAGAUGGAUGUAAACGUGGACACGAUAAGCCCUAAAGUGAACGCUGCUUUGAAACGACUGGAGAACAAAUAUGAAGUGACACUGGCUCUCUACCAAAGAUUUGUGAAGACUUGUGAAAAAAUCUCUGCAGAGCCUGACAAAGCAAAGAGAACAGAGCUAUGGGAAAGCAGUUGGACCAUGUUCCUCUUGGCCAAAGGAACAUUUCUGCAGAUGGAGGAUGACCUUGUGAUAGCCUUCCAAUUGCUGCUGUGUGUUCUGGAGUUCUUCACCAAGCGUUUCACGCCUUCUCUGCUUCAGUCACCCUACAAGUCAGCGGUUAAUUCAUCCACAUUGAGUCCUCCAACCAGGUCAUCCCGACGUAAUCAGGGCAAAGCCAAACCCCGUCCUCCAGAGAUGGACGUGCAGUUGCUGGAAACACUGUGCAAGGAGAGCGACUGCAGUGUGGAUGAGGUGAAAAACGUGUACCAGACCACUUUCUGUGCAUUCCUGGAUUCUGUGGGUCUGUCGGGACUCCAAGGGCUUCCUCCAAUGGAAACACUUUCCAAGCAAUAUGAAGAGCUGUACCACAAAAACAAAGACUUUGAUGCCAGGUUGUUCUUGGUGGAUGAUGAGACUCUUUCCCCAAACAAAAUAGAAGUGCCAAAGGUGGAAAUGACUCCAAGAAAGAACAUAUCUGGAGAUGAUGUUGCAAUUCCAGUUCCACAGACCCCAAUCAGGGCUGCAAUGAACUCCAUACAGCAGCUCAGAGUAGAUCUCACCUCGGCCAGUGACCAGCCCUCAAGCAAUCUCCUAGUUUAUUACAAGAACUGCACUGUUGACCCAUCCGAAGAGAUCAAGAAAAGGGUUGAAGAGCUGGGCCAGGUCUUCAUCAAGAGGUUUGCGCAGGCUGUGGGCCAGCACUGUGAGGGACUGGGCAGAAAGCGGUUUAAUCUUGGUGCCCAGCUUUACUAUAAAGUCAUGGAGUCGAUGCUAAAAUCGGAGGAGAAAAGAUUAUCUGUCCAAAACUUCAGUAAACUUCUCAACAAUGCAGCAUUCCAUACCUCACUGCUCGCAUGUGCCCUGGAAGUGGUUAUGGCAACCUAUAUUGGGAACUCCUUAAGGAGUGGAGGGUUUGGCCGCAACUCAGGGGCCAGCGAUUCUGUAGAAACUGAUCUGUGUUUUCCAUGGAUCUUGGACGUCUUCCAGCUGCCUGCUUUUGAUUUCUACAAGGUGAUAGAGAGCUUUAUUAAAGCCGAGCCCACCCUGAAACACGACAUGAUGAAGCACCUGGAGCAGUGCGAACAUGUUAUCAUGGAGAGUCUCGCAUGGAAAGCGGACUCUCCUCUCUUUGACCUCCUUAAACAGUCUCGUGAGGAAGGACCUGGGGAACAAGCAGAACCCCCCGCAACACUAAACCAACCCCUACAUCACAACCACACCGCCGCUGACUUGUAUCUCUCUCCUGUGCGGCCAAGCUGUCAACCUCCAGCAGCAGAGGCCGAGCUCCCCACACCAGGAACCAAAGCGCUCCGUUCAAACUCUCUGAGCCUCUUCUACAAAAAAUUGUACAGGAUGGCCUACCUGCGAUUGAAAACACUGUUCUCACACCUGCUGACCUCACACCCAGAACUGGAGCCAAUAAUAUGGACCUUGCUUCAGCACACCCUCCAGAACGAGUACGAAUUAAUGCGAGACAGACACUUAGACCAGUUGAUUAUGUCAGCUAUGUAUGCCAUAUGCAAGGUGAAGAACGUGGACCUGCGCUUCAAAACAAUUGUGACCGCUUACAAAGAGAUGCCUAAUACUAAUCAGGAGACAUUUAAGCGUGUGCUUAUAAGAGAGGGGCAGUACGACUCCAUCAUCGUCUUCUACAAUCUGGUGUUCAUGCAGAAGCUGAAGACUAACAUUCUUCAGUAUUCCUCUCCUCGGCCACCACCUCUGUCUCCUAUUCCACGCAUCCCCUGCAGCCCCUAUAAAAACUCCCCUCUGCGAGUACCUGGCAGCAAUAACGUCUACGUUUCCCCUUUGAAAAGCACCCGUAUGUCCCCAGUGGUCAUGACUCCAAGAAGCAGAAUUCUUAUAUCUAUCGGCGAAUCCUUUGGGUCUGCAGACAAAUUUCAGAAGAUUAAUGAGAUGGUGAGCAGCACCGAUUGGUCUCUCAAGAGGAGUCUGGAUGGAGGCUCCGCCCCCAAACCAUUGAAGAGGUUACGCUUUGACAUGGAUGGACAAGAUGAAGCUGAUGGAAGUAAAUCAAGUGGCGAGUCAACACUGAUCCAGAAGUUGGCAGAGAUGAGCUCAACACGUACUCGAAUGCAGGAACAGAAACUAAAGGAGGAGUCCGAUAAAGAGCACCCAGAGCCCUAAAUAAAUCCACUUUGUGUUGCCUGAGGAAAACCACUCCACCACUGAAAGGGAAACGCUGAUAUGCCUGGGUUGUUUGGACUUUUCCACCUAUUUUAGUAUUUAAGUGGUGCACUGCAUUUCUUAAAAUGGCACAGGUGCUUUUCCUGUGGUGUUUUAUUUUAGUUUGUUUUAAGCAUGAAGGAGGUUUUAUUUUAGCUGUUUAUGUUGAGGAAAUAACAUGAUGCAUACCUCUUAUAGGGACAAAAAUGAAAAUUCUGUCAUCAUUUACUCGCCCUCAAGUUGUUCCAAACCUGUAUGAGUUUCCUCCUCCUGCUGAACACCAGAGAAGAUAUUUUCAAGGAUGCUGGUUGCCAAAAAUUUGAUGGACUCCAUUUGGAGAGCAGCAACUGUUUGGUUAACAACAUAGGUUUGAGUAAAUGAUGACAGAAUUUUCCUUUUUGGGUGAAUUAUCCCUUUAAUUGAUCUACAGAUAUAUACAAACAGGCUGGUUUAGCAUGUCAUGAUAAUUUAUUGCUUUUCCAUUUAAUUUUAGAGCUGCCUGCUUUUCCUCAUUGCUAUACAGGACAUUGUGAUUUACACAGGGUGCAAGAUCAAAUUUUGCAAGUGUUUCUUUUAAUCAUGUAUUGUGAUGGCCUUUUGUAGAUCUGAACCCUGCUGGUGGUUUUUCUCAUUUCUCUGAGGACUAUUUUGCAUACUAGAAGUAAAUGGAAUUAAUUUUGUGACUGUAUUAUAAAUUUGUUGCUGUUUAAGCAUUACUGAGUUUUGUAGGACGCGAUUGUUGUGUGAGUGAAUGCGCAUGUGUGGCGGUCACCUUUUAUGUUCUUCCUGGACUGCGUUGUUGUUUCUGCUGUUGGAUUUUAAGACCGUUUUAGAGCUUUUGUUACUAAUAUUCAAAAAAUUAUGUUAUACCUCAAAUGUUCGUUUUUGAAAAAUUAUGUAAUGCCUCAAAAGUUUAACAACUGACUUGUUUGUUAAAGAAAAGCGAAAUGUGUCCUGUUUUGAUUCAAGGAAGACAGUGACACCUUUACUUGCUUCUUGUUGCCACAAUCUGAGACUGUAGCCAUAGCACGUUGUGGUGAAAUGAUAAAUCACACUUGUGUUUUUCAAUGAACUGUUUAGGCAAGUGUUGGCAGAUAUAUAGUAUUCCUUACCGGAAUGCUGCUUGUCAGGAAGCGACAUGCUCGCAAACGUCAUGCUCGCAUUAGUUUAAUUCAAAGCUCAAAGAAGAAUCUUGUAGCAUCUUGUUUUAUUUUUGGAAACUUGAUCAUUUUUAGUUUGAAAUCCUUUUUGCAUCCACGCUUCCCGAUAGUUGUGAAAUGAUUUAUUUCAUAAGUAAAUCGCUCAUGUCUCAAAUACUUGACAAAGUUCAAAGAAGAAUCUUGUAGCAUCUUGUUUUAUUUUUGGAAACUUGAUCAUUUUUAGUUUGAAAUCCUUUUUGCAUCCACGCUUCCCGAUAGUUGCGAAAUUUUAGAUUUCCUAAGUGGGUCGCUCAUGUCUCAAAUACUGGAACAUGUCUGCACAUGAAGGCAGAAGAUGAAGAAGAAAUUCAACGAAGUUUGUUCAUUCAAAUUCCCCCAUCACAUCAUUUAUGGUUUUUAAUGUAUUGCUAGCGUCACAGCGUAGACGCUCACACAGGCUCUGCUUUGUCAGCAGUGGCUUCUUUUAAAAGGUUAUCAGUACAUCAUCAAAAGUGCUUGUGCUUGUGAAAGUUCAGUGGAGCGUAACUAGGUUAAAUUCCGUAUUACAUGAGGAAACAAAUAAGGGGGACGGUAAAAUGUACAUCUGCAAAAUACUGUUGUGGUUUAAAGCUGCCAAGCAAAAUUCUGAGUAAACAGUGUUUUGUUUUUUGCAUCUGAUUGGCUGCUUCUGUCACUUGCCUAAUCAUGUGGACUUUGGAUCUUUCAUAUAUGCUGUAUAUCAAGACUUAAUAUUC